GGUUGAGGAGCAUCAUGUCAAUUUUCAUCUUCGUUCUGAUCCUACUGCACUUAGAUUUACAAGUUGCAGCACCAAUUAAUGUUAAUUUGGAUAAUGGUACCGACUCUUCUAGUUGUUUGGAUGGUUCUGUUCCUUGUAAAACGCUGUCGUUUGUACUAGAGAGGGUACAAACUAAAAGUUCAAUCCUCGUCCACUUGUCUGAAGGUAACCAUACUUUAUCAUUAAAAGCUGCAAUAAACUAUAAAACAAGUUUUAGUUUAAUGGGUCUUCAGACCAAUGCUACAAUAGUGCAGUGUACUAGAGGCAGUGGGUUUAGUUUUAAGCACUCUAAUGAUAUUCAUUUCUCCAAUCUGACAGUUAAUGGUUGUGGAAUGUACCACAACAGCACUAGCAGUCCGGGUGGAAAGUUUCUGCUGUUUCAAGCUGCUAUGUAUAUCCUCUUUUGUUCAAAUGUUUACUUUGAUGGUGUAAUAGUGAGUAACAGCACUGGUGUCGGUGUAGUAUUCUACAGCACUGUUGGCACUAACAUCAUUAAACACUCAAGCUUCACAUAUAAUGCACCAUCUGGUACUGAUUAUGGUGGAGGUGGUAUAUCUGUAGAAUUUGUCUACUGCAUACCAGGAGAUAUGCAGUGUACUAAUAUUAGUGGCUCUGCAAUUCCUCUUAACUACACAGAUGGUAGUGUCACUGAUGCAUCGUACAAGUUCAGUGAUUGUCGAUUCACUCAUAAUAUCGGAAACGUCACUAGUAAUCUCUUCAUAUCACCUUCAGCUAAUGACAAUAUAGCUUUAGGCCGUGGAGGAGGAUUGUCUGUUGUGUUUAAAGGAAAUGUAACAAAUAUUCCUGUACACAUCAACGACUGUUUAUUUAAUAAUAAUACUGCAGUUUGGGGAGGUGGAUUGUUGAUUGAAUUUCAAGACCGUUCCACUAAUAAUGCUAUAGUCGUUAAUAACUCUGUGUUUCAUUAUAAUCGAUGCCCAUUUGAAUCAUGCACAUAUAAAGGGACUGGUGGAGGUGGGACUAGAGUCCUCUUUGCUGGGAUUGGUCACAACAUUCAUAAUAAUUCUGUCCUAUUCACAAAAUCAACAUUCUCAUACAACAGAGCUUAUUUUGGAGGCGGCUCAUCAUUUUUGACAUUUAGAGAGAGCCCUAAUUAUCAAAUGAAUAGUAUACAUUUUGAUAAUUGUGCUUGGCAUCGAAAUGUUGCACGGCUUGGCUCAGCUGUUGAUUUAUCUAUUUGGCAUUUGGAGUCAAGUGACAGUGGAUUAGUGAUAAUGAGGCCAGUGUUUACCACUUGCACAUUCGAAUUCAAUUCAGUUUAUUACACUAAUUAUACAAGUACGCCUGCUGGAAUGGGAACAUUGUAUACUGACUCUGUUCCGAUUCAGUUUCAAAAUGAGACACGAUUCUUUAGUAAUUUGGGCUCUGCUGUAACCAGCCUUGAUGCAGCUGUUGAGUUUCAGAGUGAUUCUGUUUCACAUUUCAUAAACAAUUCAGCUCAAGCUGGAGGAGGAAUGACUCUCUUUAAUAAAGCGUUUCUCAUGCUAAAUACUAACACUUCCAUCAAUUUUAGCCACAAUAGAGCUUUUCUUAAUGGUGGUGGAUUAUACUGGGAAAACAUUGGUGAUCACCAAUUGAUAUCAUCUCGUAACUGCUUUAUUCGUUAUUUUGAUUCUAACAUUGACCCUACACAGUGGCAAAUAAAGAUCCUUUUUUAUGGCAAUCAUGCUAACUUAUCUGGCCAUGCCAUAUAUGCUACAACAAUAUUAGGAUGCUUAUGGGGGGACCAAUCUCAUGGGGAAUUAGUUGAUCCACAAACAGGUUAUUACGAAGUUUUCUGCUGGAGUCAAGAAGCAUGGGACUAUGGGCCUAAUACCACUUGUAAUGACGCUGGUGUCAUUGCUACUUCCCCAGCAUAUUUUGCUAACAGUGAGGGCCAUCCACAGUGUAAAGAUUCAUAUAGCAUCAAUGUCAUUCCUGGUAAGGAAAGUGCUCUUCCGUUAAUGAUGCUUGAUGACAGGUUGAAACAUGUUCCAAGCAAGUCCCUGGUUUUCUCUCUUCAUAGGAAUAGCACUUAUGGUGCAGAGACAAAGUAUAUCACUAAUAGAAAUGUGUCUUAUUAUGGUAAUCCAUAUGAAGACAAUCAAGCAGAACUGUUUUUAAAAACAAUUCACCCUCGAGUCAUCUCUACAAAAAUUGAUUUAACAUUUGAAAAAUGUCCUCCUGGUUUUGUCAUUAGAGGUAACGUUUGUCAAGGAGGAGAUUUCCCUUAUAUUAGACAUCAUACCAACUUUACUGCAUCCGUUGAGUUUGGUUACUGGAUCGGUCCGACUAGUGAGUCUCCUAAUAACUUGAAGGUUGGACAGUGUUUUUAUUGUCCACAGAAUAAUAAACUGAAUCGAAGUAGUUUUGUAACUUUACCCGAAUCAUCUGAUGAUCUCAAUGAGUUUUUCUGUGGGGAUUUAAACAGAGAAGGAGUCACUUGUGCUCAUUGUAAAGCAAACUACAGUGUUGCUGUCAAUUCAAACCAGCUCAAAUGCAUUCCUUGUUCAUCCGACUCUAUUUUCUAUUCUUGGGCAUUCUAUUUGCUAGCUGAGUACCUUCCUUUAACUAUAAUGCUCAUCAUUGUUAUUGUCUUUAACAUUUCAGUGACAUCUGGACCUGCAAAUGCAUUCAUAUUCUUUGCACAAAUUAUUUCGACUACAUUCGGGAUUGAUGCUAACGGAAUCAUUGACUAUCCAUCUAUAACUCCUGCAGCUUCAGUCCUCAAGCAGAUAUAUGUAUCAUUGUAUGCGUUUUGGAAUCUCAGUUUUUUUAGUGCAAUCGAAGUGAAUGAAUGGUUAUUCUGUUUGGGACCUAAUGUUCAUAGCCUUCAUGUUAUGGCACUACAAUUUGUUUCAGCUUUUUACCCGCUUAUAGUGAUAGGCCUUGUGGUCCUAUUUUUACAUCUUUACCAUAAGGACUAUCGAUUCAUCGUGUGCAUUGUUCGUCCUCUGCAUAGAGCUACAGCAAGGUGUCUUGGUUGGCUAAAUUUCCAAAGAUCUCUAAUGGAUGCCUUUGCUACAUUUCUUAUUCUUUCAUACGUGAAAUUUGCUGUCACUUCAUGUCAGUUGUUAUUUCCUAACACAUUGGUCGAUGAUACAGGACAUGAAGAAAUAGUCUCUUGGUUUAAUGGUGAUUUCAAAUACUUUUCUCUUAAUUAUGCACCAUAUAUGCUUACAUCUAUAUUCAUCCUAAUCCUUUGUGCAUUGUUUCCAACUAUCCUGCUCCUUUAUUCCAUCAAGCCUUUUUACAUGUGCUUGGAGAGGCUCAAUUGGAAACCAUUAAAGCCUGGAGCUAAAACACAACUUUUCUUAGAUUCUUUUCACCAGUGCUUCAAAGAUGGUAGCAAUGGGGAACAUGAUCGACGCUACUAUGCAGCUCUUUAUUUCUUUUUUAAGCUGGCUCUCAUUUUUACUUAUGCAAUUGGUCUCAGUUGGCCACUACAAUAUGUCUUACAGCAGUUUAUUAUUACUAUUGCUCUGUUGUUAUUGGGUUUACUUCAGCCAUACAAGGAAUUUUGGUAUAAUGUCCUGGAUUUGGUCAUGUUUAGUCUCCUAUCUUGCAUCAAUGUAAUCAUACUCUACAAUUAUUAUCUUGAGAGCAUUAACAGUCCACUUUCUAACACAUUUUAUUCUGCUCUCGUUUUGUUCAUCUUCUUGCCUUUGAUAUAUUUCACUGUCUACAUUGCUUGGUUUCUUAUUAAAGCAAUCAAGAAGAGAUGUUCCUUUAAAAACCAGAAUUUGAAUGCAAGUGACAAUCGUGAUCCGGAAGAUUUUAACUUUAGUACUUUUAUGGCUGAUGUUGAUGAAGAGAAUCGAUUUGAGCAAAUUAAUUACUAUGGCUCACUAGUACCAGAUGAAUAUACACCAAUAAAAGGGCAAACUGGUGAUGAACCAAGUCACAAUACAUUAGAUGUAAACAGGAACAGAAAUACCACAGCCACUAGUAGCUUCAGUGAAGUUCAGCCACUGGUGCAAGCAGAAAAUGAAGAAAAUCUCAAUGCCAGAAUGCCUAAAAAUAAUCAAUUCAUCAUGUCCUUGGGUUAUUCUGUCAGUUCUUCUUGUCUUAUUUUGCUACUAUGUUUCACCAGUGGCUACUCAGAGUAUUAUGAAAAGAAAGACCUGUCAAUCCUGCUUGUUCAUUCAAUGUUCCCGUCUCAUAUUUACCCGCUGUUGUCUUUAGGAGCUGAACUAGCCUCAAGAGGUCAUACUGUGUCUUGCAUUGGAUCAGUUGUUGAAGGAUUUGAUCACAUUCCAACUCUAGCUGAAUCAUACGGUAUAAAUUAUAAACACAUUAGCUAUAUGUCAAAGGAAAUGUAUGAUGGGUUUAAAGAAACAGGUAAACAUGAUGGAGACAAAAGCUGGGUCACGCUCAUGGCAAAUUUAACUAAUUUUAUACUGAAAACUCUAAAAGAUGCAGAAUCAACGAUCCUUCCAUUCAAAACACUUAACGUCAGUGAGUAUGAUUAUAUAAUAGUAGAGCAAGCAGCAUACCCAAUACUCCAUUAUUUGAGCAACACACGAAAAGCUAAUAACACAAUGUUCCUCAUCAUAUUGGCCGAGUUUACUCCACGGUUUAUCAUUCCAUGGCCUUACCCAAGACUAUCAGCCCCUUUGACUCCUGAUAUGUCAUUCACUGAUAGACUGCUCAAUACUGCUCUUUAUAUUCCUGUUGAGUAUGCCAUGAUAGUCAUGAUAUCUAUUAUGACUAAUGCUAUUGACAGUGAUCUUAAUGUACCAAUAAAUUUCCUAAAUGAAGCUCUACAUCAACCGAUUCUUUACAAUACUGUCAUUGGUUUUGAGUGGCCUAAGCCAGUGCUACCAAUACAGCACUAUGUUGGACCAAUGUUCCCUCCUAAUGCAUCACCCUUGGACCCUUCUCUUUCAAAAUGGCUGGAUAAUAAUAACAAAGUCUCUUCUGUAAUUGUUAUUAGCAUGGGAACCACUGCUAUAAUAACUAAAGAACUUGCAGAAUCUUUUAUUACAUUAUCUAGCAAGUAUAGACUUGUAUGGUCAAUGCGGGAAUCCAAUCAACAUGUGUUGUCAGGAUUACACAUUGACAAGGACCGUAUCUAUUUAACCUCAUGGUUGUCACAGUUUAAAAUGCUCCAGUAUCCUUCUGUCAAAGUGGCUAUACUUCACUGUGGAAUAAAUGGAGUCCAAGAGGCACUCUAUAACCAAGUCCCUGUCCUUUGCGUACCAUUUGGGAUGGAUCAGCAUAGCAUUGCCCUUCAAAUAACUCAUCAAAAGUUGGGUUUCUCACUAAAACCAGACGAGGUCAGUGAAAAAACACUAACUGAUGCCGUUCAUUUACUUCAAGGAUCCCUCUAUCAAAAUAACGCAAAAAGAAUCAGUCGUCUGUACAAGGCAGCUGGUGGAGCCAAAACAGGAGCUGAUCUUGUUGAGCUGUAUGCUGCAUAUGGGUAUGAGCAUCAUUUACCUGCUUUUUUACGUUAUAAGUGGAGUUUCAUUCAGUAUUACAAUAUUGAUGUAUGGAUUGUAUUGCUAAGUGUACUGGCAAUUCUUAUGUACUGCAUUAGAAAAUGCUGUGCAUUCUGCUGUACUAAAAGAUGUAGCAGUUUAAAAACUAAGUCAAAGAAAGAAUAACAUACUUUUUAUUAACUUUUAUGCUCAAUCAUUUUUAGCAUUCUUGAGUAUUAUUCAUUGAAGAAUGAAUCUAAUUAA